AAUGAAUAUUGGACAAACGCAUCUGAUCCUGAUAAAGACCGCGAUAUACUCAAGACCCUAUAUGAAGACGGAAUUUUAAAUAUAUCGCCACAAGCUUUAACUAUCAAAGCAUUUUGGGACUGCUUCCGGGAUAGUUACAAUGCAAAUUUGAAGGGAACGAACGGUAAAAUCGCACAUGCAAUUAAAAGAUAUAUAAGAAUUGGAUGUGAUCUUACUGAUGGAACAAAUAUUGAAACCGCACUUCAAAAUCUAAGCGGAACAUCUGUAGUACAUAUAGAGCCUAAUUGUAAUAAAUCAGUAAGGAAAUUGAUGGAUCAAGACAAUAUAGAAAUAAGUUCUGAAUUAUUGAA